CAUUUCUUUCCUCUCCGGCGACCUACAUAUCUCCGGUGAUUUGCGAGGAGAAUAACUCCAAUCCGGCGAUCUUCAGAUUAUUUUUGGAUGAGACCUUAAAUCUUCACUAAACAUAUUCAGGGGGGUGUGAAGAAAUGGGGUUAUUUUCACUGGUGACACUGGUCACAGGGAUGCGAGGUCCAAAUGGGUUCCGAUCCGCUUCGACUGCUGAACAGGUUACUGAGGGAAUAGAUGCAAGCAAACUCACUGCUAUAAUCACUGGUGGUUUAGUGGUGAUUCCAGACUGUGAAUCCAUGGAGUACCGGUCAUUUCUUGGACAUAUAGAUGGAAGGAUCGAUCUCCAUAGAUCAACCUCCAUUCCCAGCUACAUACGCAAGGCAGUGCAUAUAGUCAAGAUUAUUAAAGGUAGUACUAUUAAUCCAUUGGAACUGUGUAUGAUGGCAGCAAAGGUAGCUUACGAGAACCCAACCUACGUCAACAAUGCUGUUACUAACCACUGGAAGAUGCAUUUUGUUGGGUUCUUUGAUUGCUGGAAUGAGUUUCUGAAGGAUAAGACAACCCAAGCAUUCAUAUUCUGCGAUCGACCAAAAAAUGCCCAACUAAUUGUGGUGUCAUUUCGUGGCACUAAACCCUUCAAUGCCAAAAACUGGUGCAUUGACUUUGAUAUUUCAUGGCUGUCUAUGGGGAAAAUGGGAAGAGUUCACUUGGGAUUCAUGAAGGCUCUGGGGCUCCAAGACGAAAAGGAUCAUGGAAAAGGUUGGCCAAAAGAGUAUAGAGGAGACAAAGAAUUGGCAUACUACCUUAUCAGAGAUAAACUGAAAGCAUUGCUUCAGAAGAAUAAGGGUGCCAAGAUAAUGAUAACAGGACACAGUUUAGGGGGUGCACUUGCAAUUCUUUUUCCUGCCAUACUAGUACAUCACCAAGAAGCUUCCAUCUUAAGUAGCUUGUUUGGUGUUUACACAUUUGGACAGCCCAGGGUUGGAGACAAGCAAUUCGGGAGUUUCAUGGAAAAACAACUGAAUGCAAAAUUCAAGAGGUACAUUAGGGUUGUUUAUAGAUAUGACAUUGUGCCCAGGGUUCCGUUCGAUGAUCCAUGUUCACAAUUCAAACACUUUGGAGAUUGCCUCUACUACAAUGUUUAA